AUGGGCUCUGUUGGUAAUAAUCAAAAUCCAUGGUCGCCAUACAUCAACAGCAACAACAACGACAGAGACUGUUCCCAUGGCCUCUGCACCGUCUCCUGCCCUCAAUUCUGCUACUUCUUCUUCCCCCCGCCCUCAGAGCCCUCGCCGGACGACGACGACCCCAACCCCUUUUCCCCAAUCAUCAUUGCCCUAAUCGGCAUCCUCGCAGGCGCCUUCCUCCUCGUCGGCUACUACACCGUCGUCACCCGCUACUGCAAGCGGCGGCAGCGGGCGGACGCCGCCGUACACGCCGGGAGUGAAGAGACUGACGGGUCACCCGGCGUUCGUGCCCGGACCGGGCUGGACGAGUCGCUCAUCCGGGCCAUCGCGGUCUUCAAGUACAAGAAGGGCGGCGGCGCCGCCGCCGAGUGCGCGGUCUGCCUCGGCGGGUUCGAGGAGAACGCGGCCCUGAGGCUCCUGCCAAAAUGCGGCCACGCGUUCCACCUGCCCUGCAUUGACACGUGGCUCAGAUCCCACCCCAGCUGCCCCCUGUGCCGCGCCGGCGUGGACCCGCGUGACUGCCGCCGCCCGGCCCACGUGGCCCUCCCUGUGGUCCCGGCAGGGGCGGACGUGGGGCCGGGCAGGCUCGGGCGGUCGGCCUCGUUGGGCGCGUUACCGCGAGUCGGCGGGGAAAACGGAGACGAGGGUUCACUUAUUGAGAUGAAGAGAUCGGUCUCGACCCCUCAUUGA